CGUGUCGAGCCCUGUCCGCGGCCACUCCUCUGUCCACAGCCUCACACUCUGACGUUCACGCACGUAGACGCAGGUGUGUGUUGCCUGCAGCGCUCAUAGCUCAACAGCAAAUCGGAUAAACUGAGCGGCAUUUGGAUUUUUUAUUUUGUUUUUUUAUUUUUUAUUUUUUUUAUUCCUCACACAUUUUUAUCCACCAAACACCGCCAUUAUGUUGUGGACGGCAGGUCAAGUCUUGAGGAAAUUCUCCACCUCGUCUCACUACUACCAGAAUCAGCUCAAACUGGCAAUCAUUGGUCAGAGCCUGUUCGGCCAGGAGGUGUACAGCAACCUGAGGAAGCAGGGGCACAAGGUGGUGGGUGUGUUCACAGUCCCUGACAAGGAUGGCAAGGCGGAUCCCUUGGCGGUGGCGGCGGAGAAGGACGGGACUCCCGUGUUCAAGUUCCCACGGUGGCGGGUCAAGGGGAAGCCCAUCCCGGAGGUGGUGGAUGCCUACAAGGCGGUGGGUGCCGAGCUCAACGUCAUGCCCUUCUGCUCCCAGUUCAUCCCCAUGAACAUCAUCGAUCACCCCAAGCACGGCUCCAUCAUCUACCACCCUUCCAUCCUGCCUCUGCACAGAGGAGCCUCAGCCAUCAACUGGACCCUGAUCCACGGUGAUAAGAAAGCUGGCUUCACGGUGUUCUGGGCCGAUGACGGGCUGGACACCGGACCAAUCCUGCUGCAGAGAGAGUGCGCCGUUGAGCCAAACGACACAGUAGACACGCUCUACAACCGCUUCCUCUUCCCAGAAGGCAUCAAGGCCAUGGUGGAGUCGGUGCAGCUCAUCGCUGAUGGGAAGGCCCCACGAAUUGCCCAGGCGGAGGAGGGAGCCAGCUAUGAAGGCAUUCAGAAGAAAUCCAAUGCCAAGGUCAACCUGGCCCAGCCAGCUGAGGCCAUCCACAACUGGAUCCGUGGCCAUGAUAAAGUUCCCGGUGCCUGGACUGUCAUUGAUGGUCAGUCUGUGACCCUCUAUGGCUCGUCGAUGUUGGAGGGGGCGGCACCAGCCGGUCAGGCUCUGGAGAUAGCGGGGGCAUCCCAGCCUGGGCUGGUCACCAAGAAAGGCCUUGUCUUAUAUGGAACUGAUGGAAAGCCUCUGCUGGUGAAGAACCUGCAGUUUGAAGAUGGGAAGAUGAUUCCUGCCUCUAAAUACUUCUCGUCUGGGGAGAGCUCCAGUGUGGAGCUGACCGACGAUGAGAAGAAGAUGGCAGAGGAGAUCAAGAACAUCUGGAAGGGAAUCCUCAGCAACGUCCCAGCCAUUGAGGAGACCACAGACUUCUUCAAGUCUGGAGCUGCCUCCAUGGAUGUGGUCAGGCUGGUGGAGGAGGUGAAGCAGAAGUGUGCCGGCGUCCAGCUUCAGACUGAGGACGUGUACAUGGCCACAACCUUCCAGGACUUCAUCCAGAUGUUUGUCCGCAAGCUGAGAGGAGAGGACCAGGAGGAGGAGCUGGUCAUCGACUAUGCAACCAAAGAAGUGAACAACAUGACAGUGAAAAUGCCAUACCAGUGUUUCAUCAACGGCCAAUUUGAAGAUGCAGAAAAUGGGAAGUCUUAUAGCACGAUCAACCCUACUGAUGGAUCAACGAUCUGUAAGGUGUCCUACGCCUCAGUGGGGGAUGUAGACCGGGCGGUGGCAGCUGCCAAAGAAGCUUUUGAUAAUGGACCCUGGGGCAGGAUGAACCCUAGAGACAGAGGAAGUCUGCUUUACAAGCUCGCAGACCUGAUGGAGGAACACCAAGAGGAGCUGGCCACCAUCGAGUCCAUCGACUCAGGAGCUGUGUACACACUGGCCCUGAAGACACAUGUCGGCAUGUCCAUCCAGACCUUCAGAUACUUUGCCGGCUGGUGUGAUAAGAUCCAGGGCAAGACAAUCCCCAUCAACCAGGCCCGGCCCAAUCGCAAUCUGACCUUCACUAGGAAAGAACCACUGGGUGUGUGUGCCAUAGUCAUCCCAUGGAACUACCCUCUCAUGAUGCUGGCAUGGAAGAGUGCCGCCUGCCUCGCCGCUGGAAACACACUUGUUCUUAAACCUGCACAGGUCACUCCAUUGACAGCCCUGAAGUUUGCUGAGCUGUCAGUGAAAGCUGGCAUUCCCAAAGGAGUUAUAAACAUUUUGCCAGGCUCAGGUGGCAUGGUUGGGCAGCGCUUGUCCGACCACCCAGACAUCCGCAAGCUGGGCUUCACCGGCUCCACACCUAUUGGCAAACAGAUCAUGAAGAGCUGUGCCGUCAGUAACCUGAAGAAGGUGUCUCUGGAGCUGGGAGGAAAGUCUCCUCUCAUUAUCUUCAGCGACUGUGACAUGGACAAGGCUGUUCGCAUGGGCAUGAGCUCUGUGUAUUUCAAUAAAGGUGAGAACUGCAUUGCCGCUGGACGUCUGUUUGUGGAGGAAUCCAUCCAUGAUGAGUACAUCAGCCGAGUGGUGGAAGAGAUCAAGAAGAUGAAGAUAGGAGACCCACUAGAUCGCUCCACGGACCAUGGCCCACAGAACCACAAAGCCCACCUGGACAAGCUGCUGGAGUACUGUGAGGUCGGAGUGAAGGAGGGAGCUACACUGGUGUAUGGAGGCAGACAGGUGGACAGGCCAGGUUUUUUCAUGGAGCCGACUGUGUUUACCGACGUGGAGGACCACAUGUUCAUCGCCAAAGAGGAGUCCUUUGGCCCUGUCAUGGUGGUGUCUAAAUUUAAAGAUGGUGAUGUAGAGGGCGUGCUGCAUAGAGCCAACGACACAGAGUACGGCCUGGCCUCAGGCGUGUUCACCCGCGACAUCAACAAGGCCAUGUAUGUGAGUGAGCGGCUUGAAGCUGGAACCGUAUUCGUCAACACCUACAAUAAAACCGAUGUGGCUUCACCUUUUGGAGGCUUCAAGCAGUCCGGCUUCGGCAAAGACCUCGGAGAAGACGCUCUCAUGGAAUACCUCAAGACCAAAGCAGUGACUGUGGAGUACUGAGGCACAGAUGCUCCAAAAGAACUAUGGCCCACAUAUGAAAAGGAAAGGACUCAUCUGUGUGCUUCAGUCCAGCUUCAUCCAGCUUCUUUCAGCAUUCUGGACAGUGUGUGUGUGUGUGUGUGUGUGUGUGUGUGUGUGUGUGUGUAGCUGUAUGUAAAUGUGUGCACUGUACGAAUGAGAGAAGAGCUUUGUUAUUCAUCUCAGCGUGGACGACGUGCCUGUCUUUUCUUGGCUUUUUGAGUGAGAACUCACUUGACAGACAAGAGACCCGUGUGGUGUAUCUACACAUGAAACCCUGGUUUGGACUCGUGAUAGGAACUGAGCUGGGUCGAACUGAAUUUUCAAGGUUUCAGUUCCACAAGAGUGUUUUAUGUGAAAACACACUCACCAUUUUCAACUUGAAACCCAUUUUCACACCAUUAUCAGUGCUGUCAAUCAGCUCUUUUCAAAAUUUGAAAAUCAUCCGAAGUCAUGCCUUUCUCAUUCACAUGUUAUGCUGCCUUCACCAUUCCUUUGAUACCUCUUUGCUGACUCUGUGGCAGCUUCUGGACUGUUGUGUACAGUAGGAAAAAAAUAGACAACGAUGUGAGCCGAGUUAAGAGGAGCAUAAACACCAGGUUGAAAACCAGUCAUUCACAGCCCACUCUGGCUGAAAGCUCCAAGUUGAGCGAGGUUGAGCAUGAGCUUUCAGUCACAUAAAAACAGGGAAAGGACUGUUGUCACCAUUUUAUUCUUAUUGAUGGAUUAAAGUCUUAAUGAGGACGGACUUCACAACAGCCAAAUGUAAUUUGUAAAAAACACUUUUAGAAUGAAUUCCUACUUUGUAGGUGGAUUGGACUUUUAAGUCUACUUUUACAAAUCAUGUUUCAGACACUCGAAACCUUUACAGUCAACCUUUAGUCACUUUUACAUUACAUACAUUUGUAUGAUUACUAUAAUUUUUCAUUGAAGGUUUUGGCCUGCAGCUCAUCCAAUAUUUGAGACUUAGCCAUUUUACAGCAUCGCAUAUGUGAGCUGUCAUAAGGAAGUCGACGAAAGACAAACAUUUAGCAAGGAUGUUUGUUGUUUAGUUGCUCGUUGCAUUAAAAUGGUUGUUUCAGGGCCAGCUCCCAAAGCUCAGACGUUGGUGCAUCUGUCAAUGCAAAAAUCUGACAUUUUUGUAAAUACUCUAAAAAAAAUAAAAAAAAAAAAGGUGUGAAAAGGGACUAUUUGAUACAUUUUUUAUCAGACAGAGUAACACUAUAUGUUAUAAGACUAUAUUAUAUUAAGUAAAGACACACCAGCUAGAUGUUUUUAUGCAUCACUAAUGUGAAGGAGUUGGGAAAUUAGUUUUCUACCUGGGCCGGGAAGUGGUUGCUCUACCCCCCCCGUUUGUGAAAAAGGUGAGAGCUGCUCCCUCAAUAAAAACUGUGUUCAGCCAGGAAUGUCAUAUGAUGGUAAAUAAACUUUGAUUUGAACUUGAAUUUA